UCUGGAGUGAUCUUUCCAGAAGAACAAGCUGGAAAGUUGGGUCUGUGCUAAGAAACUAAAAUAUUUUACUAUGAAAAGGUAUUAAAUGUCCCAGUACAGUAGUUCCAAAAACUGUGGUCGCAAUAUCACUUACUAAGGGACGUUUCAUCAAAGAUCAGUCAAACCAAACUGGCGGCAUUCCCACUUAAAGCAACUCACGAUGCCCUCUUUAUUGUUUAAAAUGCACAAACAAUUAGUAGCCAGGAAAACUCUGACCUCUGAGAAAGAAGUACAGUCGGUUGACCCUGCUGUUCUACGAUUUGCUCUCUGACUGUUGACUGCAUGCUUAGCCAGGUAAUCACCUGCUAAGCCUCUCUAAAGGUGACAGGGAAAGGAGAAGGACAGAAAUCAUGUCUGACUGGAGUCUCUGAAAUCAUUUACGACCAAGACGGACCGAGAAGCGCUCUGCUCCUGCAUCUCAACUCCCUGUCGUUUUUCCGGCACUUAGGUUAGAGAUUCAACAAGCAUGUCCAAAGCAGCAGACAGGACCUCUUCCACAACAUCCGCCGAUUCAGCCUUAGGAGACGGCAAAGAUGGUGGCUCUAAAACUAGCACAGCCACAAACUCCCCAUCGGGUUCAGUUUCUGAGACACCAAAGAAAUCCUCAAAGAAGGCCAAGAAAAACACAGAGAGCAUGAACAAAGUCUACAACUCCAUCCUCAACAGUAUUUUUGGGGCCGACAGAGACCUCGCUCAGGCUGAAAUAGAUGAGUUGCAAGAAGCCUUCAAAGAGUUCGACUACGACCAGGACGGCUAUCUGAACUACAAAGAUGUGGCUGAAUGCAUGAGGACAAUGGGAUACAUGCCCACUGAGAUGGAGCUGCUGGAGAUCGUACAGCAGAUCAAGAUGAGAAUGGGCGGGUUAAUGGACUUUGAGGAUUUUACCGAACUGAUGGGACCGAGGAUGAUGGGAGAAACCACAAACAUGCUGGGACUCAAGGAACUCCAGUCAGCCUUUGUACAGUUUGACUUGGAUGGAGAUGGAAAGAUAAACCAGGAGGAGAUGAAAGAAGCUCUGAAAAGUCUUCUGGGGGAGAAGCUGAAGAAGGGAGAGCUGGAGGAGAUGCUGAAGGAGCUGGACGUUAAUGCAGACGGAAGCAUCGACUUUGAAGAGUUUGUGAUGAUGCUUUCUAUUCACUGAACUCACAAAGCAACAUCUACAUGGGCUUAUGACGAGCACUUAACAGACGUAGG